CUAGGCACUCUACUAAUCUAUUCUACUAUAAUAAAGUUGAAUAUAUAUGUUAUAAUUAGUUUGGAAAUCAACGGUGAUCAGAGAUGGGAAAGUGUUAUCCAACGGUCAGCGAAGAGUAUCAAAAAGCAGUAGAGAAAUGUAAGAAAAAACUGAGAGGACUUAUAGCCGAAAAGAAUUGUGCUCCUAUUAUCCUUCGACUGGCAUGGCAUUCAGCAGGGACAUAUGAUGUCAAAACCAAAACUGGUGGUCCAUUUGGAACAAUCAGGCACCCUGAUGAACUUAAACAUGAAGCAAAUAAUGGUCUUGACAUUGCGGUUCGGCUUUUGGAGCCAAUCAAGGAGCAGUUUCCAAUCCUAUCCUAUGCCGAUUUUUAUCAGUUGGCUGGAGUAGUUGCUGUUGAAGUUACUGGAGGCCCUGAUAUUCCUUAUCACCCUGGGAGACAGGACAAGACUGAACCACCUCCAGAAGGCCGUUUGCCUGACGCUAAAAAAGGCUCAGACCAUCUGAGGGAGGUUUUUGGACACAUGGGGCUGAGUGAUAAAGACAUUGUUGCUUUAUCUGGUGGUCACACUCUGGGAAGGUGCCACAAAGAACGCUCAGGAUAUGAGGGAGCAUGGACUAACAACCCUCUCAUAUUUGACAACUCCUAUUUCAAGGAACUCUUGAGUGGAGAGAAAGAAGGUCUCCUCCAGCUACCAUCAGACAAAGCACUCCUAGAAGAUCCAGUCUUCCGCCCCCUCGUUGAAAAAUACGCUGCAGAUGAAGAUGCCUUCUUUGCUGACUAUGCUGAAGCUCAUUUGAAGCUCUCAGAGCUCGGAUUUGCAGAUGCAGAGUAAGAGUGUGGUGAGAAAGCUGUUUCAAUUGUCUCUGGAGAUCUGGUUCAAUCCAAGUUUUCAUAUGUAUACUAUGUAUCAAAACUUUAUGAUGGUUUAAGACCAACUUUUCCUAUGUAAUAUGGAUUGAAGAAUAUUUUCUGGCUGUCUUGUAAUCAUGCAACUUCUGUAUUGAUAUGUGAAUGUUGGUUCAUUGGCUGAUUAUUAUAGUAUGAUAUGACUUGUCUAA